UCCGUUUUUCCUCCUCUGCUGUAGUGAAACUCCACCAGGUUGUGACAGCCAUGUUGGCGGUGUGCUUGAGGCUGCUUUUACUCCUCCCCCUGAUUUGCUGCGUCCCCUCCCCCUCCAGACCUCCUUCCAGAAUAUGCAGACGGUGCUGCGAUCACUCUGAGCCUCCUGCAGCCUCGGCCCAAUACCAGAUGCCAGAAGUCCGUACUGUUAUCAACAUGACCAUCCUCAAAGGUGAUAAAGGAGACAGAGGGGAUAAAGGUACACCUGGCAAACAAGGUCUGGAGGGAUCCCAGGGGCAUCGGGGACCCAUGGGCCCUAAAGGCAGCAAAGGUCAGGCGGGAGCUCCUGGAGACGCCUGCAAGAUCCCUCACUCUUCCUUCUCAGUGGGGCGCCGCAAGGCCCUGCACAGCGUGGACUACUACCAGGCGCUGGUGUUCGACACAGUGUUCGUCAACAUCCACGAGCACUUCAAUAUGUUCAAGGGAAAGUUCUACUGCUACGUGCCGGGGAUCUACUUCUUCAACGUCAACAUCCACACCUGGAACUUUAAGGAGACCUACCUCCACCUGAUGCACAACGACAAGGAGCAGGUGAUCCUGUACGCGCAGCCAAGCGAGAGGUCCAUAAUGCAGAGUCAGAGCGUCAUGAUGGAUCUGGCUCUCAAUGACGAGGUCUGGGUCCGACUCUACAAGAGGGAGAGGGAGAACGCCAUUUACAGCGACGACGUGGAUGUUUACAUCACCUUCAACGGAUACCUGGUGGCACCCAGCGUCCAGUGAG